AUAUAGCAGAGCUGACUCCUGAGAGCAGACGUAUUGGAAGCUGUCAGGGAGGAACCCUGGUAACCAUCUCUGAACUGGACCCUAGACUCUCUGAGGAACCUGAGGACAUGUCUUUGGACCGGGAGGAGACCAGGAAGAGUAGAUUUGCUGGUAGAGCAAAGAAGAAGGCUAAGUCCAGACGCCGUGGAAGCCGUCAGAGAGUAACAAAGGUCACCAUCUCUGAACCGGACCCUGGACUCUCUGAGGAACCUGAGGACACGUCUUUGGACCGGGAGGAGACCAGGAAGAGAAGAUUUGCUCUAUGUUUUCACAUCACUGUCAUUGUGAGCAUCGGACUGCUGAGUAUUCUCCUCAUCUCCCUGCGCUUCAACUCACCGUCACCCUGGAUAGAGGGGAGAGAGCACUUACUGGAUGAACUCGAUGAAUUGACACUUCAGGGCUGGAUGCUUCACGACAAGAGUCUCUACCGUGUUUCUACUACUAAGAAGGGCUGGAGGGCCAGUAGAGAAGACUGUCAGAAGAGAAAGGCAGACCUGGUGGUCAUCAACAGCAGAGAAGAACUGGCGUUUGUCAGCAGAUUGAUGGAUACUUCCUGGAUUGGACUGAGUGAUCGAGAGAAAGAGGGGACCCACAAGUGGGUGGAUGGUACCCCCAUGACCUCAAGUUGGACACACGUUAAACCACGCGAUGACGGCGGAGCAAGAGACUGCGUCGUAGCAGGGGAGGACGGCUGGUCUGAAGAGCCGUGUAACAGACUGCACCACUGGAUCUGUGAGAAGGUCCUAGACCUGGAUCAUCUGGAGGCUGAGCGGAAGAAAGAGGGUUCAGUGAUGCCCACGGAGGAGGAGGAGGAGGCCCCCAGCAUCACAGAGUUCCACUCCUCUACCCACGUGUUGCCCGUGGGCCAAACGGCCCGCUACACCUGCCACGCCGGCGGCACGCCGGAGCCCACAGUAGAGUGGCUCCACAACGGCAGGCCCCUGGAGAGGGACGGCACAGACGACCAAUCAGAGGCCUGGGUGGAGAGGGGCUUCCUCUUCGUCAGAGGUGGGAGGUAUGGCGUGAACACGGUCUGCUGCAUGGCGAGCAACAGCGCUGGCACGGCCAAUCACAGCGCUGAGCUGCUUGUCUUUGAGCGCAGGAGAACAGUACUAGUGAUGAUGAGGAUGAUGAGGAUGAAGAGCGGUUCAGCAGCUCAUCAUGUCUGGUUCUCCCUCAGAUGCCUGUGACCUCACACUGGACCCCAACACGGCCUACAGACUCCUCUCUCUGUCUGAGGACAACAGGAAGGUGACGUGGGUUGGAGGGGACCAGUCGUAUCCGGAUCACCCAGACAGAUUUGACUACUGGCCCCAGGUGUUGG